GUGCAGUUUUAUGGAAGCAGAGCUACUCUGACCAGUAAGAAGUCUUUAAGUCAACACACAUUUUCUGUGCUGGAAAAAGAUGAACAGGAUCUCAAACAUGGGGAGACUGUGAAUGAUUGCAACGGAAGAGUUAUUCCUCGCUUGAUGAUCCGAGCUCCCACCAUGGAAGAGUCUGCUCAAUGUUAUGAAGACAAAGAGAAGUCACUGAGCUCGGUGCACAGCACCCUUCAUCUGAAUGAACCUGGCUUAAAACAGAGAUCUUCCAGUGCUGCGACUGUGCUCUCUGCUGUAGAAGAGCUGGAGGAAGCUCAGAGACCCUGCCCACCAUGCUGGUACAAAUUUGCAGACAUGUUCUUAAAGUGGGAUUGCUGUGACACCUGGGUUGUUUUAAAAAAGUGGGUAAACUUUGUGGUGAUGGAUCCCUUUGUUGACCUCGCUAUUACAAUAUGCAUCGUUCUCAACACCCUUUUCAUGGCGAUGGAGCACUACCCUAUGACAAAAGAGUUUAAUGAUAUGCUUUCAGUUGGAAAUCUGGUUUUUACUGGGAUUUUUGCAGCUGAAAUGUUUUUCAAGCUUAUCGCCAUGGAUCCCUACUAUUAUUUCCAAGUUGGCUGGAAUAUUUUUGACAGUAUAAUUGUCACUCUCAGCCUGGUGGAGUUGGGACUGGCAAACGUCCAGGGGUUGUCUGUCCUAAGAUCUUUCCGUUUGCUUCGUGUCUUCAAACUGGCAAAGUCUUGGCCCACGCUCAACAUGCUUAUCAAGAUUAUUGGUAACUCAGUGGGAGCUUUGGGAAACCUGACCUUGGUGCUGGCCAUCAUCGUCUUUAUUUUUGCAGUAGUGGGCAUGCAGCUCUUUGGAAAGAGCUACAAGGACUGUGUUUGUAAGAUCUCUGAAGACUGUGAGCUGCCACGCUGGCACAUGAACGACUUCUUCCACUCUUUCCUCAUCAUUUUCCGUGUUCUGUGCGGCGAGUGGAUCGAGACCAUGUGGGACUGCAUGGAAGUGGCCGGACCUGCGAUGUGCUUAAUCGUCUUCAUGAUGGUCAUGGUCAUUGGAAAUCUAGUGGUGUUGAACCUCUUCUUGGCCUUGCUACUCAGUUCAUUCAGUGGAGACAACCUCUCAGCGGUGGAUGACGACGGAGAGAUGAACAAUCUACAGAUUGCUAUUGGGAGGAUCUCACGAGGCAUUGAGUGGUUAAAAGGAUUUAUCGUACAACGAAUCCAGCAUGUACUUGGGAAACGAUUCAAGGACACUGAUAAGGACAUCAUGGAUGAUGUCAAGAAUAAAAGUGAGGAAGUUGAAAUGAACCAUUUUGAUUCCAGUCUGGCUUUUAAAGCCCCUGAUGGGAUAUUAGAUGACCCAGUGCAAAGCCAACCCACAGGAUUCACUGUGGAUGAAGAUUUCACUUUGAACGUGCCAAUUGCUGAAGGAGAAUCUGAUUAUGACAAUCUGAGUGACGAUGAUGAGGAUGAUGAAGACGAUACAGAAGAUAGUGAUCUUUCUGAGAGCCCACUGCAGAGAGACGAUCAGGAAAACACAAAAUUAUUCCAGAAAACCCUAGAAGAAGAAACUAGUGUUCCUGAGAAAACUAAACAUGAUGACGGGGAUUCUUCAGUCUGCAGCACAGCUGACUAUCAACCGCCGGAGCCUGAGCCUGAAAAAGAGGAGGAGGAAGAACCGGAACCACCGGAGCCAGAGGCGUGCUUCACUGAGAACUGUGUGAGCAAAUGGCCAUGUCUGACUGUGGAUAUAACCAGUGGCAAAGGAAAAAAAUGGUGGAAUCUUAGAAAAACGUGUUUCAACAUAGUGGAGCAUGACUGGUUUGAAACCUUCAUCAUCUUCAUGAUCCUCCUCAGCAGCGGCGCUCUGGCCUUUGAAGAUAUAUACAUAGAAAGACGACGAACCAUUAAAAUAAUUCUUGAAUAUGCAGACAAGGUUUUCACCUACGUGUUUGUCAUUGAGAUGCUCCUUAAAUGGGUCGCAUACGGCUUCAAGGCCUAUUUCACCAACGCUUGGUGUUGGUUAGACUUCUUCAUCGUGGAUGUUUCCUUGAUUAGUUUAGUUGCAAACUGGAUUGGCUACUCUGAUCUUGGUCCGAUAAAAUCCCUGAGAACCCUCAGAGCGCUAAGGCCUCUUCGAGCGCUGUCAAGAUUUGAAGGAAUGAGGGUAGUGGUUAAUGCUCUGGUUGGAGCGAUUCCCUCCAUCUUCAAUGUACUCCUGGUGUGUCUGAUUUUCUGGCUCAUCUUCAGCAUUAUGGGGGUUAAUUUGUUUGCGGGGAAGUUCUAUCGAUGCAUAAACACCACCACAGAGGAGCUUUUCCCUAUAUCUGAGGUCAACAAUCGAAGUGAGUGCUUGGCCCUUCAAGAAGCCACACAAGAAGCUCGAUGGGUUAACGUCAAAAUUAACUAUGACAAUGUUGGCACGGGCUACCUCUCCCUGCUUCAAGUGGCAACUUUUAAAGGGUGGAUGGACAUAAUGUAUGCUGCUGUUGACUCAAGAGAGGUUGAGGAGCAACCAUCUUAUGAAAUCAACCUUUACAUGUACAUCUAUUUUGUCAUCUUCAUCAUUUUUGGUUCUUUCUUCACCUUAAAUCUUUUCAUCGGUGUCAUCAUUGACAAUUUCAACCAACAAAAGAAAAAGUUUGGAGAUGAAGACAUUUUUAUGACAGAUGAACAGAAAAAAUACUACGAGGCCAUGAAGAAACUCGGUUCAAAGAAGCCACAGAAGCCAAUUCCACGACCAAAGAACCCGGUCCAGGGCAUGGUGUUUGAUUUCAUCAGUCAACAGGUCUUUGACAUCUUCAUCAUGGUUUUAAUCUGCCUCAAUAUGGUGACCAUGAUGGUAGAAACAGAUGACCAAAGCCCGGAGAAAGAGGAUUUCCUCUUUAAGUUAAACGUUGCCUUCAUCGUUGUCUUCACUGGAGAGUGUGUGUUGAAGCUCUUCGCGCUGAGGCAGUACUUCUUCACCAAUGGAUGGAAUGUUUUUGAUUUCAUCGUGGUCAUCUUGUCAAUAGCAGGUACAAUGCUGUCAGACUUAAUUGAGAAGUACUUUGUUUCCCCUACGCUCUUCAGAGUGAUCAGACUAGCCAGGAUUGGCAGGAUUCUGCGCCUUAUUAAAGGAGCUAAGGGUAUCCGGACGCUUCUUUUUGCCCUAAUGAUGUCCCUUCCUGCAUUGUUUAACAUCGGCCUACUUCUUUUCCUGAUUAUGUUCAUCUUCUCUAUAUUUGGCAUGUCAAAUUUUGCCUAUGUCAAGAAAGAAGCUGGAAUUGAUGAUAUUUUUAACUUUGAGACUUUUGGCGGCAGCAUCAUCUGCUUGUUUCAGAUUACGACAUCUGCAGGCUGGGAUGGGCUUAUGCUUCCGAUAUUGAACAGGGAACCUCCAGACUGUGACCCUGAAUUUGAGAAUCCAGGGACGGACGUAAAGGGGAACUGUGGAAACCCGGGGAUGGGGAUGAUGUUCUUCUGCAGCUACAUCAUCAUUUCAUUCUUGGUGGUGGUCAACAUGUACAUUGCCAUCAUCUUGGAGAACUUCAAUGUGGCUCAAGAAGAGAGCGGUGACCCACUUUGUGAGGAGGACUUUGAGAUGUUCAACGAAACUUGGGAGAAAUUUGACUUGGAUGGAACGAUGUUUAUUGAGUACAGCCAGCUUUCAGAUUUUUGUGAUACUUUGCAGGAGCCUCUCAGGGUGGCCAAGCCCAACCGGCAUCAUCUGAUUAAAAUGGAUCUGCCCCUGGUUAUUGGGGACAGGAUCCACUGCUUGGAUGUAUUGAUGGCUGUCACACAGAUGGUAUUAGGAGAUACGGUGGAGAUGGCAGCAAUGCGGGAAAGCAUUGAGGCCAAGUUCGUCCUGAGCAACCCCACGAAGGACUCCUUUGCACCAAUUACCACAACAGUACGGCACAAGGAAGAGCAACAUGCGGCUGUCGUUCUUCAACGAGCUUACCGCAAAUACCUUCUGAAGCGCUGCAUAUGCCAUGCUGCUUUUAUGCACAGAUUGAAAAGGAUUGGUAGAAACAACAAAGGUGAGGAUCCUCCUGAGAAAGAAGGGUUGCUUGCACGUAGGCUGGGGAUUUUCUAUGGAAGUAAUACAGACCUUGCCGAUGAAAUGGAGCAAGAGGUUUUACAAACUGCAGCAAGCCAAGAACUCUUUAACACAAACUGCAAAGAGGUCCAGUGUGGUCAGGAGCCUCAUGUGCAGAAUGUGAUUGUUGUUCCUGUUGAAAUUACCAAUGCAGUGUUAUAACAUUCUGCCCCAUUUAUUAGAUAUCUGAGAGCGCCACCUGUUUGAUAAACUGCUUAGAUAUUUUUUUCCUCUUGGUAUAUCUUUACCUGGAAAUAAACCCCCAUAUAUUUCAACAAGUGUUUACAGAUUUCCAACUUUAAACAUACAAAGUGUCCAAACCUUUCUUUUCUGUCAGCCACUUAAAAAGAUUAAAGGCAUGGCCAUUAAAGGCGCGUUUUAAUUAAAGUUAAAAUCAGAGCUAAAGUUUCUCGUGGUACUGAUUAUUAAAGAAGAUAUGAGAUCAUUUAAAAAUGAUAUCCAAAAAUUCCCCAAAAAAAGCAAUCAACAAUAUGCAGCAAAAUCUCCUUUUAGAGUAAUACAAGUCUGGACCAUGAGUUUCCCAUUUAACUUUACCAAAUAAUUCAAUAAUGUAUAGAAAGCGGUUGUGUCUAAAUGAUGAGUUAUUGCCCUAUUGGAAGUGGUGGUUACUGUCAAUAAUCCAGAUGCCUGCUGAUAUAAUCUUUUUGCAACAUUUUCCAUAAAACAUUAAGUGUAGAGGGGAGGAUGUUCCUUUUCCAGGUGGAUCAUCUAAAUAAGUGGUCCUCCUAAUUGUCAAUCAUUCUGGUGACAUGUUUAUGUAAGUAAAGCAUUGUGGUUAAUUCUGUUUUUAUUCUUCAGCUCCUUAUACAAUAACCUUAUUUACUAUAUAUAAAUACUUCAAAAAUUUUGGGUCCUUUCAUAUUACCUACCUGCUAUUUUAAAAAGUCUAUUUCUAUCAGUAAGGACCGUGCUUUUGGAACUGAUGUGAAUAAAGGGCUUAGCACCCCAUAACAUCGUUCUGUCAGGUCUAAAAGCAAACAAGGUGAAAGUCAUUGCCUUGGUCACUCCAUUUUUCUUGGUAGUUAGAACCUGGACUGGGAAAAUGUCCCUAUCAAAUCAAAUUGAGGCGGCUCUGAGUCAUUGGAAAACGUGGGUUGUGAAUUUAAGUCCAAGCUUUGUCCUUUAGGAUGUGUAAAUUGUUAUACUUGUGGUUAUAUAUGGUUAUAAUUUAUAGUUUAAAUGCACUUUGAGUGGCCAGUUAAUCUAGGUAUUAUAUAUUUUCAACCCAUUUGCUGACAUGGCUAAUUUACGUUUUGUGAGAUAAACAAAUAGGAGAUCCUAAUCAAUGUUACACCCAGUGGCACUAGAAUAUCAGUAAUACUGUAAUGUAUUCAUA